AUGUGCAAUGAGAACCAAACAGACGUGAAGAAAUUUUUGCUGGUGGGUUUUCCUUCAUUGUACAAUAUAAAAUAUUAUUUCUUUUCCUUGGUUCUCUUCAUUUACAUCCUUAUCAUAAAAGUCAAUGUUCUGUUUAUCAUACUGGUGAAGAUAAGUACCCAGUUACAGCUCCCUAUGUACUUCUUUCUACAAAAUCUAGCCUUGGCUGACAUCUUUCUCACCACCAAUGUAAUUCCGAAGAUGUUACAAAUUAUUUUUUGGGAUGUGGUGUCCAUCCCGUUUUUUGAGUGCAUAGCUCAGUUCUACUUCCACAGUGUUGCCGGGAUUGUUGAGUGUUUCCUCCUCUCAGUCAUGUCCUAUGAUCGAUAUCUAGCCAUCUGUUUCCCACUACAUUACUUUGUCAUUAUGGACUUUAAGUUUCAGUUAAAGCUGGCCACCUGUUCUUGGUUUCUGGCAUUCCUAGUUAUGAUAUUUGAGAUGUUCUUUAUAUGGGACUUGCAGUUUUGUGGCUUUAACACUAUUGACUUUUUCUUCUGUGACUUUGGGCCUCUACUAGAACUUUCUUCGUCAGAUAUCACCACUGUUGUUCUGGAAGAUUUUAUCUUCUCCAUCCCAGUCAUUAUUUCACCUUUCAUUUUUAUUGUUGUGACUUAUGUCUUUAUUAUUAUCACAAUCCUAAAGAUGGCCUCUAUAUCUGGGAGGACAAAGACAUUUUCCACGUGUAGUUCUCACCUUCUUAUUGUCUGUACCUACUAUGGGACUCUUAUAGCUGUCUAUGUGGUUCCAUCAGAAGGAACGUCUCUUAAUAAGUUCCUAUCUCUACUGUACAUUGUGGUGACUCCAUUGUGUAACCCUAUGAUAUACAGCUUCAGAAACCAAGAGAUCAAAAGUGCCAUAAGGAAAAUUUUCUGA